AUGGAUUGCCUCGACGGAUUCGCCGGGCAGUUCAGGAACUUCAAGAAGGACGACUUUGAGGCCGACUGGAUUAAAGUGGCAGAAUGCAGAUUCGGUCAUCUGCACCGGGUCAAGCUCAAGAACCAGCAGAAAAGUUGUGCCCUGAAGAGCUUUGACAAAACCUUGUGUGCAAACAACUUGUACAGGAGAAUAAUAGACGAGGCGCCCAAAAUAGCCACAUUACAAUUCGAGUACCUUGUGUCUAUCUACGGACUGUGCAGCGAGGCGACCGCUGUGGUGAUGGAAUACAUGAGUCAUGGAUCGCUGAACGAUCUCCUAACCAGUCACACUUUGAUGUGGCCCAAGAAGUUUCAGAUGAUUCACGAGGCCUCGAUGGGAAUGAAUUUCCUUCACAGCUUAAAGCCUCCGCUACUUCAUCUUAAUCUCAAGACAUCCAACAUCCUGCUAGAUGAUUGUCUCCAUGUCAAGAUUUCAGAUUUUGGUGUAAUCCACUGGGAGGAGAGCACGUGCAAUACGUUGUUCAUGGAGCAUCUGACAGCAAGAGGAAACAUAAAUUACAUUCCUCCAGAGGCUUUCACUCAGUGCCCCGAUCCUCCAGGAACUGCCUUUGAUGUUUACAGCUUUGGAAUAGUGAUGUGGGAGAUCCUGACUCAGCAGAAACCGUAUGCAGGGAGCCGUAUGACCACCGUCCUCUUACAGGUGUCACAUGGUAAGAGACCCUGCGUGGAGAUGAUACCCGAACGGAAGCCCCAGAGCUGUGAGCAGAUGAUCGGCAUCAUGAGGCAGUGCUGGGACCAGGACCGCAGGAAGAGGCCCGAGUUCUCAGACACUGUGAGGAAGACCCGGUCCCUCAGCGAAGGCCUGAAGCUCCAAGGACCAAUCCACAUGGAGAACGGUGACGAGGGACACACACCAGACCAUGAGCGUCCUGGAAGCGACAGCAUUCUCUCUCUGCUGUACAAGAAGGAAUUUGCUAGUUUCCGACAUUCGGUGAAGAGAGACCACGUACGCAGACAGUUCCCGAGUAAAAAGAGCCUCCUCCACUACACGGUGGCCAGCGGCGAUGCGGAGAGCGUCGAGCACGUCCUGAGACUCGGCGCUGAAGUCAACUGCACGACUGCCGGAGGGUACACUCCUCUUCUUGUUGCUGUUAUGCACAGCCUUCACGGCAUCAUCUUAUUGCUGCUGGACCGCGGUGCAUCCGCCACCCUGGCGGACGAGGAACUGUGGACGGCGCUCCACUUCGCCGCCCAGAGCGGCGACGACAGGACGGUCCGCCUCCUGUUGGACAACGGAGCCGCGGCGGAAGCCCAGGAGACGAACGGCUGGACGGCGCUCCACCUGGCCUGCCAGAACGGACACGAGACCGUGGUGCGCCUGCUGCUCUCGCGGCUGUCGGAGGAAGCGGCCGGCGAGCGCGAGGCCAAAGGCCGGACGCCGCUCCACCUCGCCGCCGCCCACGGCCACCUGAGCAUCGCCAAGCUCCUCCUCUCUCACGGCGCCGAUCCCAAGGCCACCGACCGCUCCCUCUCCACGGCUCUUCACGUGUCGGCCGAGAAAGGCCACAACCGAGUGGUCAGGCGGCUGGUGCAGAGCGAGGCGGACGUGGACGGCGCCGACAGCAGAGGGUACACGCCGCUCCACCUGGCCGCCCUGAAGGCCCACACGGGCAUCUGCAGGCAGCUGUUGGCGAGGGGAGCCCGCCCGGACCGCAGAACCCUCCGCGGGUGGACUCCCAUGCACCUGGCCGCCUUGAGGGGCCACGUGGCCACGGUGGUCCAGCUGGAGAGUCAGGGCGGUCGCGUGAACGCCGCCGGCGAGGACGGAUGGACGCCGCUCCACCUGGCGUGCCACCGAGGCGAGCCGGAGACGGUGGCGGCGCUCCUGGCGGCGAAAGCCGACCCGAACGCGCCGGAGGACGGCAAAGGGUGGACGCCGCUGCACGUGGCGUGCGCCAGCGCCAGUUACUCGAGCGUCCUCCACUUGGUAUCGCAUCACGCCGACGUCAACGCCGUAAACUCGGGGAAGGUGACGCCUUUACACCUGGCCGCCCAGCACGGCUGCGUAUCUAUCGCGAAGGCGCUGCUGCUGCACGGGGCGGACGGGGCGCUGCUGGACUCUUCCGGAACCGCCGCUUUGAACGUGGCCCAGAGGUGUGAAAAAUGGGAAAUAGUGCAACUACUUGAGAAGUUGUCGUGAAAAAACCCCCCAAUGUGAACGUAAGAGAAUCAAAACGAAAACAUCGACAUAUUAUCCUCCAUUUGAGUGGCGUUUUUAAAGGAUCGGUCGGUACGAUUUAGUGACAUCUAGUGGUCAAAUUGAGUAAUUUUCACAUCGUUCACUUCUCUGUUUUGCCGACGCAUCGUGUGUACGUGCUUCUAUGUGUGUGCGUGUCGUUGGAGGGAGCUUAGGCAGAGAAAGCACCGGAAAGGCUCGCUUAAGAAUAACAUUAAAUUAUACUGAAACGUUAACAAAGUAAGAAUAAAAAGCACCAGUAACUAAAAACACAUCUUUUCUGACUGUACAUGGAAUAAAAACAGAUUCGCACUUCAGUGGCUCUUGAAUGGCACUUAUAGUAUUACUCAUGGUAUUACUUAUGGUAUUACUAAUGUAGUACUUAUAGUAUUAACUAUAGUUUUACAUAUGGUAUCCCACCCUUUUAGAUAAUGUUUGAACCGCUUAUGUUAGAUUAGUCUGUUCUGGGUUACUGUGGAAACACGGAGGUGUUACAUGGAGGACUAUAUACAUAUAAAUGGCUGUCUUUGCCAAAUGAAACACAACGAUUCUCAGUUCCAGGUCAUCAUACACAAAUGAAAACAUAUAGUUUUGCAUAUUAUAUUACA